AUGAAAGAAGGAUAGAAUAUCAAAGUAGUUGCUAGAUUAAGACCACUUAAUGCUCUUGAAAUGUAAUAAGGAGGUGAAUGCUGUGUUACUUUUAAUGAAAAAUAAAUUACUGUUACAGUAUGAGAUUUGAGUCUAUCAAUAAUUUAGUUUGGCUCCAAUGAUAAAUCAGAUUUCACUUUUGAUCGUAUAUUUGGACCUGAUUCAGAAUAAGCAGAUGUUUUUGAAGAAGUAGGAAGACCAAUUUUAGAUAGUGUUAUGAAUGGUUAUAAUGGAACCAUUUUUGCUUAUGGUUAAACUUCAUCUGGAAAAACAUUUACCAUGGAAGUAUUAUAAAUAAUCAAUUUAUAUAGGGACCUGAUAAUCCUAAUGAUAGGACUAAAGGAUUAAUACCAAGAGUAAUGACUGAAUUAUUUGAUGUUGUUCAUAGUAAAUCAGAUGACUUAAUAUAUAUUGUCAAAGUCUCUUUUUUAGAAAUUUAUAAUGAAAAAAUUAUGGAUUUAUUAGAUACUAAUAAAACUAACCUAAAAAUUAAAGAAGAUAGACUUAGAGGAAUUUUUGUAUAGAAUCUUACAGAGAUUAAAGUUUAAUCUCCAGAAGAAAUGAAAUAAGUUAUGUUAACUGGGUCAAAUAAUAGAACUAUAGCUGCUACUAGAAUGAAUGAAAGAUCAUCCAGAUCACAUUCAUUGUUCUAAAUUUAAGUGAGUGAAAAAAAUUUAAAAACUGAUUCCAGUAAACUUAGCAAAUUAUACUUUGUUGAUUUAGCAGGAUCAGAAAAAAUAGCAAAAACUAAUGUUUCUGGUUAACAAUUGGAAGAAGCUAAAAAUAUUAAUAAAUCUUUAACUUGUUUAGGUAUGGUUAUAAAUGCUUUAACUUCUGAUAAAAAAGAACAUAUACCCUAUAGAGACUCUAAAUUAACAAGAAUAUUAAGUGAAUCACUUGGAGGAAAUGCUAAAACAACACUAGUAGUAGCUUGUUCUAUGUGUUCAUAUAAUGAUAAAGAAACUUUAAGUACUUUAAGGUUUGGGGCUAGAGCAAAAGCUAUAAAAAAUAAACCUACUAUUAAUGCUGAAAAAAGUGCUAAAGAAUUGUAAGCUUUACUUGACAUUGCAGAAUAAAAGAUAUUAGAUUAGGAUGAAAUAAUAAAUAAAUUAAUGGAAAAAGUGGAGAAUGGAAAUUUAAUUGUAUCUGAUAAAGGAAAUUAAAACUAAGGAACUUAAUAAAAUAUUGCAUUAUCUAAAUAACACUCAUCUUUGUAAUUAUUGAAAGAACAUAAAUUAGUUGUAAAUUUAUAAGAAGAAUUAGAAUUUUAAAAAACAGAGUUGGCAGCACUUUAAAUAAAUUAUUAGAGUAGAAUUGAUGAGCAAUAAGAAAAAAUUUAAAAAUUGAAAUUAAAUGAAGAUCAUUUAAAAUAGUAAUUAUCUGAAUGUUUAAAAAAUAAUUAAAAAUUUAUUUUUGAAAAUGAAUAGUUAAAAACUCAAAUUUUGGAAAAUGAAUAAAAAUUAUUUGAUUUUCGAAGAGCACUUUCUUCAACAAAAUAAGAUUUAGAUUUUUUCCUUGCUAAUCUAAAUCUUAAGAAUUAAUUUAAUUAUUGUCCUUCUGAUUCAGAAUCAACAAAAGAUAUUUUCAUGACUGAAUAAUAUGAUAAAGAAAUUGAAGAGAGAACCUUUUAAAGUAUUGUUAAUUUUUCAGAAACACUUUCUAAAUUAGAUUCAAUUCUAACAAAGGAACUCACAUAGGAUUAAAUAAUAACUCAUUUUGUAAAUCCUUAAAUUAAGAAAAAAAAUGUAUCAUUUGGAAUAGAUUCUUAACCUCCUUCACCAAAAUCUAAUAAAUUAUUAGAUAUUGAUAAUUUUUCAUUUUAAACUGAUGACGAUGAAUUAAAUAUAAAAUUUGAUGAUAAUGAACAAACAUUAAUAAAAUCAACACAAGAAAAUGAAGAGAUCUCUGAUGUUGAAAAACUAUUGGCUAUGUUGGGUGAUAAAAUGGAGGAUCCACAUAUAUUAUAUCAAAUUUAGGAAGUAAUGUCUAAAUUAAGGAGAUAACUUUAAGUUGAGUAAGAGAAAGUUUAAGAAAUAUAUUAAAUUAUGGUUACAGUAAAAGAUUAAUUUUCUAUGUAUUAAAUAAAGGAAAGAGAAAAAUUAUAAAAACUAAAACAAUCAUAUACAUAAAAAAAGAGUGAAAUGAUCUAAUAGAAAUAAAAUCUACAAAAAUAAUUAGUAUAAAUUUAAUAAAUAAUUAAUAGGAAGAUUUAACUAUAGAAUUCUAGAAAUAUAAAUAUGAGUCUGAAAAAUAAUAAUAGUGUCUUACCUAAAUUAAUUAGUAAUUGAUGUUUACAUUAGAAACUCAGAAAUAAUAGUAUUAUAUUAUUCUUAUUUUUUAUGUUGUAACAAUAGGAAAGUUCAGGUUUUAAUCCACUUUCUAGAGAAUAUUAAUUAGAAUGCACAGUUAAAUAACUUAUGCAAGAAAGGAAUGAAAUGCAUAAUUCAUUAUUAUAAACUAGAUAAUAAUUGGAUAAUGCAAUAAAAUUAAAAAAUUCCUAAGCAGAAGAAAUAAUUAAAUUGCAAAAGAAAAUCGAUACAAUAGAACUGUAAUUAUAACAUAAGAAACUCUAGGAAUAAGAUUUCAUUUGAUAGUAAUACUAAAGGAGAUUCAGUAGAGAUACAAAAAAAACCACCUCAGAGACUUAAGGAUGGAGUUUCGACUAAAUUAUUAAAGAUGAUAAUGUAAGGGACACUACAAGAUUAGAAACAGUUUUAGGAUAUUCUGGCUUAGAAACAAUCUAAAUAGGAGCCUAUGUAGGAAAAACAAAUUUAAUAAUAGAUGAGUUUUAGGUAAAUAUUAAAAGUUAUAUUGUAGAAAAUAUAUCUCUUAAACAGCAAGUAAUAAAGAAAUUAAUAGGAGUUUGAUGAUCUCAGUCCAGUCAUUAGUACACGCACCAUAAUUUUAAAAGAAAUUGGAGAAUGCUAAAGAUAAAAUACAGAGAUAUUCUNUGUAUCAUUUGGAAUAGAUUCUUAACCUCCUUCACCAAAAUCUAAUAAAUUAUUAGAUAUUGAUAAUUUUUCAUUUUAAACUGAUGACGAUGAAUUAAAUAUAAAAUUUGAUGAUAAUGAACAAACAUUAAUAAAAUCAACACAAGAAAAUGAAGAGAUCUCUGAUGUUGAAAAACUAUUGGCUAUGUUGGGUGAUAAAAUGGAGGAUCCACAUAUAUUAUAUCAAAUUUAGGAAGUAAUGUCUAAAUUAAGGAGAUAACUUUAAGUUGAGUAAGAGAAAGUUUAAGAAAUAUAUUAAAUUAUGGUUACAGUAAAAGAUUAAUUUUCUAUGUAUUAAAUAAAGGAAAGAGAAAAAUUAUAAAAACUAAAACAAUCAUAUACAUAAAAAAAGAGUGAAAUGA